AUGGUUUGGCACGACCUACAAGCCAAGCUGGACAAAAUGAACCACACUAUCAAGCUGCUUAAGUUGGUUCCCGACAACGAAGCCGUAGCACACCGCACCGACCGUCUUGCACUUCGCAGGGAGUACAAUAAACCCCUUAGGGUUCACCAAGACCACAUUCGUCGGGGAGCUGUAGCCCAACUCGCUGAAGCAGAAGAAUCUCUCGAUACCGCAUCUCGCCAGACUGAUUUCUCGACCACCGCGCUCCGGGGACUCCGCGAUCAAGUGAGAAACCUUCAGCAGUACCAGGAAGAGAAGGAGAUCACCAGCUCCCCCGACUCCAAGUCACCGCACCAGUGUGCAUUCAUCAAGACGUUCCCUGCAGCCGUUGUCGAGGCUCAUUCCGAAGUCAAAGAGAUGGCAAAGGCCAUCGAUGACACUCUCGCCCAGCCUGCGCAGUAG